UCAAGCUUCCUCAGCUCUACCCUCCUCCCUCCUUAUAUAAAGGCCACUCGUCCUGCCCAACCCUUCCCCCACCAUCAUCACUGCAACAAGUAGCUAGAGCUAGUCGAUCUCAAGAGCUGCAAUCAGCUACCAUGAGUGCAGCAAUGGCGGCUGCCCUUGCACUAUUCUCGCUGCUCGCCGCCGCGUGGGGCCUGCCGCCGCAGCUGGACCCUCACUUCUACGACCGCUCGUGCCCGCAAGCGCAGCAGAUCGUGGCGUCCAUCGUCGGGAAGGUGCACUACCAGGACCCCCGCAUGGCGGCCUCCCUCCUCCGCCUCCACUUCCAUGACUGCUUUGUCAAGGGUUGCGACGCAUCGAUCUUGCUGGACAGCAGCGCGACGAUCGUGAGCGAGAAGCGGUCGAACCCUAACCGGGACUCUGCGAGGGGGUUCGAGGUGAUUGACGAGAUCAAGGCGGCGUUGGAGGCAGCUUGCCCGCACACCGUCUCCUGUGCCGACAUCCUUGCCCUCGCCGCACGCGACUCCACUGUCAUGACGGGAGGGCCAGGGUGGAUCGUGCCGCUGGGGAGGAGAGACUCGCGUGGAGCCAGCGUGCAGGGCUCCAACAACGACAUCCCUGCUCCCAACAACACCCUCCCCACCAUCAUCACCAAGUUCAAGCUCCAGGGCCUCGACAUCCUCGACCUCGUCGCCCUACUUGGUAGCCACACCAUCGGUGACUCGAGGUGCACGAGCUUCCGGCAGCGGCUGUACAACCAGACGGGGAACGGCCUGCCGGACUUGACGCUGGACGCGUCCUACGCGGCGGCGCUGCGGCCCCGGUGCCCGCGCUCCGGCGGCGACCAGAACCUCUUCUUCCUCGACCCCGUCACGCCCUUCAAGUUCGACAACCAGUACUACAAGAACCUGCUCGCCUACCGCGGCCUGCUCAGCUCCGACGAGGUGCUCCUCACCGCCAGCCCGGCCACGGCGGAGCUCGUCAAGCUCUACGCCGCCGACCAGGACGUCUUCUUCCAGCACUUCGCGCGGUCCAUGGUCAAGAUGGGCAACAUCUCGCCGCUCACCGGCGGCAACGGCGAGAUCAGGGCCAACUGCAGGAAGGUCAACCGCUACUGAGACUGAAACCGCCGUCGAUCGAUCGAUCGAUCUGUCUGCAGCUUCGUUAAUUUGGUUUAAAUUGUUCUUGUAGAUUGCUCGUCUUUUGGAUGAUCGGUUAAAAUUGUUGUCGAUUAUGUGAUGAAGUGUGUUUUGAUUCGACGGAGGUGGCAUUUGUUGGUUCUGUUUAAUUGUAUGAUUUGUAGUCCACAUUUGAUGUUAUUCCCUUGAAGUUGAAUUGUUGCUAGUCUUUUGGAGGAAA